AGGAUUAACCUAGAGGGCUGUCCAGUGAACUCUGUGAGCUCGGUUAAUGGCAAUAUUUGUGCUGUUGCAGCAGCUUUAACUGUGGAUAACAGUCUUUCGAAUUGGCGCUGAGGGACAAGACGACAUUGAAAUGGCCAUCCUCACUGCGUUACUGAAAGGCACAAAUGCAUCAGCUCCAGAUCAGCUGAGCCUGGCUCUGGCUUGGAAUAGAGUGGACAUAGCACGCAAUCAAAUCUUUGUGUACGGACACAACCUACCACCUGCGAGUGCCAUUGCAAGCACCAUCUCCACCAGCACAGCACCAACCCAAGACAAGCAGAAACAAAAAAAAGGCAAAGCCAGAGGAAAAAAGGGCAAAGGAGGCAAAGCCAAAGCAGAACAACCAGAGGAAACCGACCCCAGGAAGUUAGAACUGCUCAACUGGGUAAACUCCCUUGAGCAGGCCAUGAUUGAUGCUUUGGUUCUAGACAGAGUGGACUUUGUCAAACUCCUCAUUGAAAACGGUGUAAACAUUCACCAUUUUCUAACCAUCCCAAGAUUAGAGGAGUUAUACAACACUAAACUUGGACCUGCCAACACUCUACAUAUUGUAGUCAGAGAUGUUAAAAAGGGGAACCUCCCACCAGAUUACCAAAUUACAUUGAUUGACAUUGGACUUGUGGUGGAGUACCUGAUGGGCGGGGCCUAUCGCUGUAACUACACAAGGAAAAACUUCCGAACUCUUUACAACAAUCUCUAUGGCCUAAAGAGACCAAAAGCCCUGAAGCUUCUUGGAAUGGAGGACGAUGAACCCAGAUCAAAAGGUAAGAAGAAGCAAAAGAAGAAGAAAGAAGAGGAGGAGGAAAUUGAUGUGGACGAUCCCGAGGUCAGCCGCUUCAUGUACCCGUUUCAUGAGCUGAUGAUGUGGGCAGUGCUGAUGAAGAGGCAGAAGAUGGCUCUGUUCCUGUGGCAGAGGGGCGAGGAGGGCAUGGCUAAAGCUCUGGUGGCCUGUAAGCUCUAUAAAGCCAUGGCUCACGAGUCUUCUCAGAGUGAAAUGGUGGAUGACAUCUCCCAGGACCUCGAUAACAACUCCAAGGAGUUUGGAACCUUGGCUUAUGAGUUGCUGGAUCAGUCUUACAAACAUGAUGAGCAGCUGGCCAUGACGCUGUUGACAUACGAGUUAAAGAACUGGAGUAACUCCACCUGUCUGAAGCUGGCAGUGGCCGCAAAGCACAGAGACUUUAUCGCUCACACCUGCAGUCAAAUGCUCCUCACUGACAUGUGGAUGGGCAGCCUGAGAAUGGGCAAAAACCCUGGACUUAAGGUGAUUCUAAGUCUCAUUUUCCCACCCCUUAUCCUGCUGUUGGACUUCCGUCUUGGUGAUGACAUGUCUCAUCAAGCCUCGGUAGAUAAUGAAGACAGGAAGGCCAAGGAUGAUGAUAACAAGUCCAGCAGGGAUGCCAAUGCAGAUGCAGCUUCUAAGAAAGGAGAUGAAGAGGAGGGUAAUAAGAAAAUGAGGCGGAUUCCUAUUGGCAAGAAAAUCUUUGAGUUCUAUAAUGCCCCUUUCACCAAGUUUUGGUUCAAUACUAUUUCCUACCUUGGCUAUCUCAUGCUUUAUAAUUAUAUAGUCUUGGUAAAGAUGGAGCGCUGGCCCUCAGUACAAGAGUGGAUCGUCAUUUCAUACAUAAUCACUUUGGGCCUUGAGAAAGUCAGACAGAUCCUGAUGUCAGAGCCAGGCAAGCUCAAACAAAAGAUAAAUGUGUGGUUAGAAGAGUAUUGGAACAUCACAGACAUGGUGGCCAUCUUCACCUUCCUGAUCGGGCUACUUUUUAGGCUGCAGAGUGAACCGUACAUGGGCUACGGCCGUGUGAUCUACUGUGUGGACAUCAUCUUCUGGUAUAUCCGGGUGCUGGAUAUAUUCGGGGUCAACAAGUACCUUGGACCCUAUGUCAUGAUGAUAGGAAAAAUGAUGAUUGACAUGCUGUACUUCGUGGUGAUCAUGUUGGUGGUGCUGAUGAGUUUUGGUGUGGCACGACAGGCCAUCCUCCACCCGGACGAGGAGCCAACGUGGCGCUUGGCCCGUAAUAUCUUCUACAUGCCCUAUUGGAUGAUCUACGGAGAGGUGUUUGCAGACUCGAUAGACCUUUACGCAAUGGAAAUAAACCCCCCCUGUGGAGACAAUUUAUAUGAUGAAGAUGGGAAAAAACUUCCGCCCUGCAUUCCUGGAGCCUGGCUCACCCCCGCCAUCAUGGCCUGCUAUUUGUUAGUAGCCAACAUCCUUCUCGUCAACUUACUCAUUGCUGUCUUCAACAACACCUUCUUUGAGGUUAAGUCCAUCUCCAACCAGGUGUGGAAGUUCCAGAGAUAUCAACUGAUCAUGACCUUCCAUGACAGGCCUGUACUGCCUCCACCUAUGAUUAUCUUCAGCCACCUUUACAUCCUGUUCCGCAGACUUUGUUGCCGCUGUAGCAAGAAAAAGGAGGGAGAAUUGGAUGAGAAGGAUAAAGGAUUAAAGCUCAUUCUGACCCCGGAGGAGCUGAAAAUGCUGUAUGAGUUUGAGGAACAAUGUGUGGAGGAAUAUUUCAGGGAGAAAGAAGAUGAGGAACAGUCCUCAAAUGAUGAGCGUAUAAAGAUUACAAAUGAAAGGGUUGAGAACAUGUCCAUGCGUCUUGAGGAGGUGAAUGAGAGGGAGAACACAAUGAAGGCCUCCCUUCAGACAGUGGAUCUUCGUUUGUCCCAGCUGGAAGAUAUCCACAGCCGAAUGGUGAAUGCCCUAGAGAGAUUAGUAGGAAUCGAUCACUCUGAACUAACCCGGACCCGUUCAACAACCUCCUCUAUUUGUGACCCGUCCUCCCUCCAGCGUCACAGUAGCAUCAACAGUGCUGAUGGAUACAGCCUUUACCGCUACUACCUCGGUGUUGAUGACCGUCCACCUGAGGAAAAAGAGGGGGAUCAGACUAAAACAAUAAGCACUACACACCUCAACACAAAAGAAUAUGGGCAGAACCUGGAGGUAGAUGUUUCAGGGAUAAAAAGAUAUUUCGGCUCAAAUGUGGACAUCCGGAUUUUCCCCUGUGAGAAGGAAGUCGAGAAUGUCAAUCGCGUUGAAGGGACUCAGCCAGAAUCACCAAAAUAUCCAGUUCCUGACAUUCAGAAUUCUUUAGAUUGUGCCACACCAAAAGAGGCUUUGAUGAUGGAGAGAGCUAAACUUGAGGCAACUAUCUCCUACCCUCUUGAAAAGGUGAAAGCAUUCAGAUACUAUCCAGAAGGAAUACAGGGCACAUCGCCAUCCAUUGUACAAAGAUGUAGGAGCACAACCUUGAUUGAUCAAACAAGUGGAAGGGAAGAGACUCAAUCGGGGGGAGGCAUGGAUGGGUCUUCAGAUAUGAGACGUUGGAGUGCUGGCUAUGAGUAUAAGGUAAAUACCAGUCUUUUUGAUCAGACACCAAAGGUAUCGAUGGUUAGACCCUUGGUAGAACAAAUUGAAAAAUUUGGCAACAUUUUACAGGUAAGGCAGCAUUCUGAUGAGAUUUGGCUGCAGAGGCCGAGAGUUUGUUCUACAUACAGUAAGGAAGAGAAGGGCACGGAAGAUGGGGAGAAGACAGUGGACAUUUCAGAUGCACUGAUGAGUAACGAAAGUACUCAGUUGAGAACAGAAGAUGGGAUAACAAAGGAUGGAGAGCAACACUUAGAAGGGACAACUGGCAAAGAGGGACAGCAAGAUGUAGAUCGAGUAAAACAGGAAGAAAUGAGCGAGACAGUUCAGGAAGGGGACAAAUGUCUGAAUAUUGUGCAAGGGGGGACUAAGGAACCAGAAGUUGAUCCUGAAGGAGGUCUCAGAAAUGAAAAAAGUCAGGAGAAGAAGACUGAAAAGUAUACGAUGACCAUGGAUGCAGGUGCCAGCGGUUCUGAAUUCCAAGCUGACAGUAGCCACCUGCUUCAGCCUGAAGAUACAGUUUUCCUCCCUGGAAGAUCCAAGAGUUGGUCUACAAAACCUUGCAAGUCCUUAGGAAACAGCAUGAAAAGGACCUAUGGAUCCAGCAGUGAGAGAGACCUUGCUGGAGCAUUUAGAGUCUCUGUUGACUCUACUGAUAAAGGAAAGACAACAGAGAACACAUUUUCAAAUAAGCUGUAGAGGACAAAGGGGAAGUCCUAGAGGGAGUCCAGUAGAGAGCAACAGUGACCCGCCCACUUUUUCAGCCAUCUUGGUUCCAAAAGUAAUUUUUCCCAUUAAUUUCUUCCAAAGGGAUUUCAUAAAAUCAUUCAGAAAAGUUUUAAGCCAUUAACCAAACUAACCAGAUCCCAGUUGAAUCACAUUGCAAACUCUAAUUUGAAGCAACAACUUCAAAAAAACAACAGAAAAAGACCCAACUGAAUUAAAAAGAUGGGGGGAAAAUUUUUUUAAAGUUGUUGAUUUUAAAGAGUCCAUAUUACACUCACUUACAGGUUCAUAAUUUUAUUUUUGGGUCUACUAGAAUAGGCUUACAUGCUUUAAUGUUCAAAAAACAUAUAAUUUUUCUCAUACUAUACAUUGCUGCAGCACCUCUUUUCACCCUCUGUCUGAAAUGCUCUGUUGUAGCUCCUGUCUCUUUAAAGCCCCCCUUUCCAAAAAGCCCAGUCUGCUCUGAUUGGUCAGCUGGCCCAGUCUGUUGUGAUUGGUCAACUGCUUUAAGCAUGCGACGGAAAUAUAAUGCUCCUUACCAUAACCAAGUUUCAGCUCCCGAGGCUUCCUGAGCUGCACAUUCCUGAGGCGGUCAUUAUGCACGGAAGUAAUGGCUGGACUGCAAACCAGGCAUUUCAGGCAGUUCAGGAGCAAUGUUUUCUGUGGGAGAGAGUAACUCCCUUUGGCUUGGACUUUGUGCUUUGUAACUUUGCAGACCUUUUACAUGCACAAACAGCUACACACUAAAAAUAUUCAGAUAUUUGCAAAUUGACAGUAUUUUGAGAAUGUUGGGAGAUCAACCCUGUUAGGGCAUUUGCAGUGCAUCAUGGAAGUAGGUGGUUGAUGCAAAGCCCUUUUGCUGCAGUUUGUUUGCUGUGAUUCUCUGAUUGGUGUAUGGUUUCUCUUCUGGGUCAUGGGUAGUGUAGUUCUUCUUCAGAUAUUUUGCUAUUAAAGAUACAUUUUUAUUUAUUUAUAUGUAAUACCAAGCAUGGCUAAUGGCUUCCAAAGAAGUGUGUACAAUCGAUUAACAACAUUGGAGUUUAUGGUAGGUUGGUCUUUAAAGGUUUUUAAGUUAUAAUUAAAAAUCAGUUUCCUUAUAGAAAAAAUAAAUGGUAUUUUUACUUCCGUAACCAGACUGUUGUGCUCUUUAGGACAACUGUUACUAAACAUGCUUAAGUUAGGGUACAUUUUGUCAGUGCAUCUGUAACUCUUGUAAAUGCAAUACUUAUGUGAUAUGUGUGCUUGCACUAAAUAUAUUUCCAAAUGUACUUAAGGUACAAAAUAUUACGUAACAGUAUCUAACUUCUCUCACUGCACUGCUAACAUUUGCACUCAUGCCAUUUAUGUGUCAUGGUUAUGGUUUUUCGAAUGGGCAAAAUAACAGUAUAUAAGCUGAAAAAGAGAAUAAGUAAGGCUAAGGAAACUGAAGAAAUCUAAAGACAAACGGCAUCUAACUCAAUGCAAAAAGGCUGAAUCUAGCAGGUAGUCUUGCUAAAGAUUAGCAAUAUUUAGCAAUGAGCUACGUUUUCUGGUUCUGUCUAUUGUAAGAUUACACAACAGCGCCAUCUGUUGAUCUGAAUGAUGAAUUACCAAACAGAAACCAAGGCAAGAGACUGAACCAAUGAAAAAAAACAAGACAGGAAUUGUUGUACACAGUCUUUACUUUGGUUAUAUCUGUAGUAUAACAUUUUACAAUAAAACCACAUUUCAAAUUCUUGUUCACAUUUUCUUUAUGGUUUUAAUACAAGCUUUAAAUGAGUGUAUAGUGACCUUUUUUUAAAUAGCAGGUUGCAUUAUAUAUAGAGUACAGUAACACGGUUAUUCCUUAAAAGUUAGGUCAUACAAUCACAAAUAUGAUACAAUACAUGCAUAUCAAUGGUCCCAUCUGAAUAUCAGUGGUCAUGCUACAUUUAGCCACUAAAUUCUUUCAGAGUAUUGUGGCAGUUUCUGUAUUUAAACAGUCCAACUUAGAUAAAUGGAUAUGGAUAAAAGGCAUUAAGGUCCCCAAUGUCAGCACAAGUUGUUAGAAAAGGCAAUCCCAAAAGGGGACAUUUUAUUGCUGAUGUCUACAUCUACUUCCUCUUCUGAAGCAACCAUUAGUGCAGUUUAAAUGGGAGACCAAAAUGUCUCACAUUUGAAAACAAAAGUGCAGAUAUAACCAGUGUCAACACCAAUAGCAUUCAACCUGUGUCCUUUGACAAAUACACCUAUACAACAAACAACUAUACAAACAGAAUAAUAAUAAUAAUAAAUAUGCCACUUUUUGGCAACUGCACGUUUCUUUUAAGAGCCUAAGGUGUAACAAGUUAUGUAAACAGUAAAGAAAGGCUGUACAUGUGCAUACAACUUUAUGCACUGGCUAUUUUCAAUUAAACAAUGAGAAAGAGCUCAAAGAGAGAGAAAUAUCAAAUUGGAAUAGAAAAAUCGCUCCAUUUAAUAAAGACUUCUUAAUACAAUUCAUUAACGGCUGAUAAGCAUGCAUUAGUGGCCUAUUUAUUCAAAUAACAGAUUAUAAUGAAUAAUUCACACAUGACCUUAAUGGUUCUAGUAUCUACACUUGCUUGUCUGUGGCUAAGUAGCCUGUUUUUAUCAAAUGAAUACAUUGAUUCAAAUUGAUGCUAAUUAAGUAGCUGAUGAUAUAAACUUCAUCACGAAAUGUCUCUAAAAAUGUCACAGGGCUUAAGCGAUUACAGAUAUUCACAUACUUUUGACUGCGAUUUUGCCAGGUAAGUCGUGUUCCCUAUGACACCUGACCUCAAGAUGUUCCUCUAUCCAUCUUGAAGCUGUCAGUUUCCAUCUUUGUAACCUUCCAGUGGAUGGACAGAUGUCUAUCUGUGCUAUACAUGGACUUGUGCCUGUAAGGAGAGCUCAUUGAAAACACAUGUAUGCUUUUAAUCCAUGGGAGUACCAAAAGCCACAUUAUAUGGAUUUUCAUAAAUUAAUUUUUCAAAACCAGUGCAAGAAAACAGUGUGUGUGCAGUAUAAAAGACACUUGGCAACAUAUUAUAACAAAACAAACUCUAUAAUAAUACGGACAAACUGCUGACUAAUUCAGAAAUACAAAAUGCUCACUCUCACUAAUUUAAAAACGCUUAAUGCAUAUCUAUGCCAUCAUCAGCAAAUGUUUUAAGACAGCAUGUGCAUUAUUUGUGUACAAUAUUGAACAUAAACACAUAAUUCGUCCAACGCUGAAAAUUCUGUUAUCAUUUACUUA